GCCUGUCCACAGCAGCAAGACAAAGGGACUCACACAUCGGCGCCGUUCCUCGUACGCAUCGUGUGCAAAGGAUGUCGUGCUGGGACACGAUUUCGUAUUAAUUCGUCACUCAAUUUAUGUUCGAAAUUGCAUUUACGUCACCAGCUGUCUGUGUGUGGUCAGGAAUUUGGUGCUAAACUACAAUUUUGUUUAUAUUCUUCUGCUAAUAUUUGUUUAACAAUAAAAUAUUUUAUAAUUGUGUACGUUCUUGAAUGGGUCGUUAUGUUUCUCAGUUAAAUAUUUUGAAGAAAAAUUAUUGUUGUUUAUCACUUUCCGUGCUUCAAAAGGAAUAUCUCGCUUGUAAACAUACACGUUCUAUUAUGAAAAUCUUCGAUGUGUGACGGUGUUGAAAGAAAGAAACUUUUUGGAACAUCUGUCAAGAGUUAAAGCAAAUUAUCUGCAAUUUCAUUCAUACGAAAAUGUAAGUGUAUUUACCUGUUAUUGUGUGUAGUGUGAAGAAUGUAUUUGAAGUGAGUGGUGUAAAGUUGACUUGCAGCAAGAAUUGAAAGUUAAUUAGCCUGUGAGUUCAUUUUGGUAUGAAAUGGAUAACAUCCACUUCGUAAGUAAAGAUAUUUUCAAGGAACUGCCACAUGUGGUCGAAUCGUGGUGGAAGGUUGCUAUAAACGUCGUGGAUAAGGUAAACAGUAGCUUCAUCAACAACUUGACUUUUUCUUCACGAGAAUGGUUUGACUUCUCUUCACUACACAUACAGGUUCUACGUAAUGGGAUAAAUAUAUUUCCAACCUGGUGGACUGUGCUGAUCACAGUUCUGUUCACUGUAUCUCUUCCUCUUUAUCUGGUCCAUUGUUGGACACAGAAGCGCAACAGAAACCUUACGUCCAAUAUUCCAGGACCAUUGUCUCUUCCGAUUUGGGGCAGCAUACCAACGUUUGCAAGUUCAAAUCUUGUUCAGUUAUUUCAAAAACUUGUUGAAGCUGUAAACAAAUAUGGACCAGUUGUUCGCUUCUGGAUGGGGAAUAAAUUAUAUAUAGUCAUAUCGGACGCAGAAAGCAUCGAGAAACUUCUAAGCAGCAAAGCGCCGAUCAAGACAAUUUCAUCCGAUUCAAAGAUUGCCAAUGGCAGCGGUGCAAUAGCGCCCGAUGUUGAGAAAUGGAAAAUUCAUAGGACAAUAAUUUCAUCGACUUUUAAUAACAAUGUUCUAGAUCAGUUCAUGUGGAAUUUUUUUCAGAACAGCUUGAUGUUGACGCAGAAACUCAAGUUGCUCGCUAAUGGUUCUAGUAUUAAUAUUUAUCCUUAUGUAUGUGAGUGCGCUCUUGAUAUUAUAUGUGAGACUACAAUGGGAACAAAUGUGAAUACCCAAAUGGAAGGAGAUCACGUUUUUGUUGAAAAUUUGUUGCAUGCUUUGGAUGAACUAGGAGGAACACUGAAGAACCCUUGGAUAAUAAACGACUGUAUACAAAAUCGAAAGAAACAGUAUGAAAAAGAUAAGGAAGUUUCUUUGAAAUAUCUUCAUGAAUUUGUUGAUAAGGUGAUAACAGAAAAAUUAACAUCGCAACGAAAUGGACUUCAGCAAAACCGUGGGAAGCAACAGGUGGAAUAUGUGCAGUGGAUUCGAGGAAGGGAGAUGUGUUUGUUGGAUCUGCUGAUACGAGACAAUCAGCUGACAGCGGAAGAAAUCAGAGACGAACUGUGCAGCCUAAUGGUUGCUAGCUCGAAGGUGGCAGUCACUUGCUGCUAUGUGCUAUAUUUAUUGGGGGUGUACCAGGAAGUCCAGGACAAAGUUUUGGAAGAACAGGAGAAAAUAUUUGGAGAUGACAUCCACAGAGCCACUACCAGCAAGGAUCUAUGCAACAUGAAUUAUCUUGAACAGGUUAUGAAGGAGUCACUGCGUCUCUAUCCUUCAGUGCCGUUUCUCUUCCGAAAAAUUGAAGAAGACACACAACUGGAAAAUGGCUACAUCCUGCCGAAAGACAGUCGCGUUGUGAUAUUCAGCUACAUGACCCACAGGAACUCUGAGUACUUCCCUGAUCCGGAACUCUUUAAUCCAGAACGGUUCUCAAGCGACACACGGCCGUGCGCCUAUAUGCCUUUCGGUGGGGGGCGCAGGAUUUGUGUGGCUUAUAAGUACAGCAUGAUGGAAGCGAAGAUGAUACUGUCCUCCGUUCUGAGGGCGUACACCGUCAGGACACCAGGAGGAGUGCAAUCCUUGGACAGGAAUCUGCAGGCUGGGGUACUGCUGAAACCAGCUAACGGAUUCAACGUCCAGAUGUUACCGAGGCCAGAGAAAGUGAUCCCUAGCAUUUUUCGUGAUGUCUGAGAGUGUAUGCGGGCGGUAUGACAAAAACGUUUUAUUGGCGAAACUAAAAAAUAAAAGAAAACAAAGGUACAAGAAAGCGAUCAGCAUAAAUAUUGGUGGAUGGCAGCUUCUCCCAAUUUACCUGCCAACUUCAUACGCUGUAAGAUGUUCCCCUCCCCCAAUUUUUGUUACCAUCUCUCUUCAGGAUUCAGUAGAGCAAUGGCUCUGGCUGUAUAGCGACGGGCUGGAAAAUCGUAGUUCGAUUCCCGGUACUGGCAAUUAAUAUUUCCCUAAUCCACAGCUCUGGCUCUGGGGCCCAUUCACCCUCCUGUACAGUGGGUACGGGGGUUAUUUCCUGGGGCAUAAAGCGGAAGGAGCGUGAAGUUGACUACACCUCCGAAUGCCGUGAUCUAGAAUUGGGUGCCUGUACCUACGCCUUCCGAUAAGUAUCCAUGACUUUGUGCUGAAUCAGUUAAACAUAAAGACAACUUCACCCUUUCCUUUCUUUUGUCUGUCAAUUUAUUCGUUUCUUGUCAUGUCUCCAUAUUUUCUUCCCCUUUUGACUUUUUUUUUACCUUCCUUCAUUCUCUCCUCGUUUCUUUCAAAUUUGUAAAUUUAUAUAGAUGAACAGGAACCAGGAUAGCGCAGUCGGUAUAGUGACUGACGACUGGCUGAAUGAC